AUGGAGUGUCUUAGCGCCAGAGUCCCUUAUGCGAAAUGGCGCCUCAAUGCAUUCCGACAGUUACUUGUGACCUCCCAGCCUUUGACUGCCCAUACAGUCAAGCGCAUCUCGACCUCCCGACAGAACAAGAUGGAUGAGAGCGCAUCAAAAACAUCGACAGAGACAAAUGACCAUGUUUCAAUUCCCGACUCGAUCCCGCCAUCUCAACGCCUCCCACAAUCGCCGCUGAUUGCACACCCUCGCCCCGCGCACGACAAGAGUCGCAAAAAGCGCCCAUCGCCAGGGGAUGCAUCGCCGCUAAGCAAGAAUCCUUGGGCAGUCGCACUGGCAUCACCGAUUCGCAUGUGUACGAUAACUGGCGCAAGGCUUCCAUCAGAACUCCUUGGCACUUGGGGCCUUGUGCGAGAGCCUGGCACCGACUUGUCAUAUAUGUUGCCCGUGGGCUUGAUGCAGGAUUCAUUGACGAGCAACAAAAACCAAGCCCCCAAUGCCAGCGGAACAGAACAGCCCCCGGCACCUCAAAUACAUCCGCAGACGGCGGCGACAAAGCCCCGAAUCCCAGAGGACGGGUCCGAGGCUCCUGAAUUCACGCCGCCGCCGAUCCGAAACAACCGGCCUGGGCGUCAACUCGUCAUUCGGAUGACUGAACUGCUCCCGACUAUCCAGGCCAUCACAGCUCCUCUGUCUAAAAAGGGCGGGAAGAAACCACCGGUUAUGAGACUGGUACCAUUCCGAUGGAAGCAUCCUCAAGGACCCGUGAAGCCAAGCCAAGAAAAGGACCUCCUUUGGCUUGAGAAUACCCCAGACAUUCUAGUACGCAGCAUGCGCAACGAUGUGUGCAAAAAGCUAGGCGCAAUUCUUGCAAAGUACAAACGUGUCGGUACUCCCAAUGGUGUCUGGAGAGCUCUUGAUAUCCCACAGUACUCGAAUGCUGCGCUUGAGGAAGCUUUGGGAAAAUUGGAACCCGUUGAGCGCAUGGGUGAUGGCUGUGUGCUGUUGCUGGAUGCAGAGAGUGCCCACGCAGAAAGACCUGUUGACUCGGUCGCUCUUUCACAGACGGGAUCCAAGGUUCCGGUGUUCGAUUUGUCGGUCCUCCUUGCAGACACUGAUUUGAGCUCUCUGCGUGCGAGUCAUGCCCAGUUUGAACAGAAUGCUUUGUUUUUCAGACCUGAAGAAACACUGGGCGUCACUGCGAUGAUAGCUCUUUGGAAGAUGAAACGUCUUCUUGCUGGGGCUGAGUUAUAG